CACUUAAAUGUAAUGUGGUAAAACUUUUUGGUAGUACCCUAUACAAAGGAAGGGAGGUAACUUUUCACGUUUCAAGAUGGCUUCAAAAUUGACACAAUUCACCCAGUGGGGUAGAAAAAUCGUCGCUGUUGGGCGGAAUUAUAGAGCACAUGCUGCAGAACUUGGAAAUCCAGUGCCACAAAAACCUAUAUUGUUUUUAAAACCAACUUCAUCCUACAUUACAGAGGGCGAAAAUGUCAAGAUUCCAAUUGGAUGCUCUUCUCUUCAUCACGAAGUUGAACUGGGAAUUGUGAUUGGAAAAUCAGGUUCGGCAAUACCGGAACAAGAUGCAAGUAAUCAUAUAGGUGGAUAUGUUCUUGCACUUGAUAUGACAGCACGGGAUUUUCAGGAUGAAGCCAAGAAAAAGGGCCAGCCAUGGUCACUUGCCAAAGGUUUUGAUACGUCUUGCCCUGUUAGUGGUUUUAUUGACAAAGAUAAAAUUUCAGAUCCAGGAAAUGUUCGUUUGUGGCUGAAGGUGAAUGAUACUACUAAACAAGAUGGCAGAACUAGUGAUAUGAUUUUUAGCAUUCCUUAUCUUAUAAGUUAUAUAAGCAGAUAUUUUAAGCUAGAAGAAGGGGAUGUAAUUCUUACAGGAACGCCCGAAGGGGUGGGACCUGUUGCCAGUGGUGAUGUGAUAGAGGCGGGACUAGGGGAUAUCGUCAAUAUGAAAUUUAAAAUAGACCAAGCUAAAUAGGUGAAAAAGGGUUAAUUUUCUUUAAAAACAUUAUGAUAAUCAGGAGAGGUGGUCAUUUCGUUACUUUGUAUUAAUUGGAGAGUGCCAGUAUAUCCAGGAAUUCCUAUGUGAGAGCUUGCACUUGCCAUUACUUAAACUUAAUUACUUUUAACAUUGACAUAUCUAAAGUAGAUUCUGGGUCAGAACCUUGCAGUAAAACAUACAAUUCUGAACAUAGUUAAGAUGUUCCUCACAAAAAUAGACAUAAAAUAUUUUUGAUUCAGAGUACUAUUUGUUAGGCUAUAGCACUUGAGAUUUAAUCUAGCAGAAGCUUUAAACUUAGCUGUUACUCCAAGUCAUGUGCAUUUCACAAUGCAUGAUAAAAUCUAUACAUUUGUACAGAAAUUUUUAUAAAAUAUUGCAUAAUUGUUAUGAAAAUUGUCCCCACAUUUCCAUCAAGGAGACUGUGGUACUUUUAUUUCUGAAGUGGCAUUUGCAGACUGUACAAGAUAUUUUCAUAAUCAGCAACAGCGCUUUAAAAUAUACUAAAUUUAUCAUAGCCAAAUAGUGGUUAUGGCAAACAAAUAAGCACAAUACUUUAAAUCCUCUCUAGUUUUUAUAUUAAAUGCAGCUCACUGUAUAUACCGUAAACAGUGUUUCUUUAUCUGAUUUAAUGAUCCUUUCCUAAAAUGAAGUCUAAAAAUUAUAAUUCUCAAUUGCCAUAAACUUAUAAUUUGAUGUCAACUCUUCUUCAUUGAUUUUUGUUAAUCAGGAAUUUAUGCUUAUAAUGUUAUGUGAUCUCA